AUGGAUGUCAUCCUCACCACAAGUGAGAAAAUCUCAUUGAAGUCAACACCCUUUCUUUGUCUUAAGCCUUUCACCAUUAAUCUGGCUUUAUAUCUGGGCUUGAAAACUGCACUAGCUUCUGGUGCUGACAAGGAUGAAGAAGAUUCUGAGGGAAGAACUGCCUUGCAUUUUGCCUGUGGAUAUGGCGAGGUGAAGUGUGCUCAAGUUCUCCUUGAGGCUGGAGCAAAAGUGGAUGCUUUGGACAAGAAUAAGAACACUGCUCUCCAUUACGCAGCCGGUUAUGGCAGGAAGGAAUGUGUGGCCCUUCUGCUUGAAAACGGUGCUGCAGUUACUCUGCAGAAUAUGGACGGGAAAACUCCUAUAGAUGUUGCGAAGUUAAAUAAUCAAAAUGAUGUCCUGAAGCUACUUGAGAAAGAUGCUUUUCUGUAGUUGUAAUGCUGUCACAAACAAGCAGAGGGGAAACUAAGGGGAAGAAGGGCAUCAUGGCUUAUUUAUUUCUCUUUUGGUUUCUUCCAACCCUUUAGUGUGUUGAACUAAAUUCGAUUAACGUUAUUGGAUGUGAGUCACCAUAGAAUUUGUCAUCUAUUUUCUUGUAAUGCAUUGAUUGUUACAUUGCAUGAUUUUGAAGCUCAGUUCCGUUAUAAUUUAUUUCAUGUUUCAAUUUUA